AUGCUCAAACAUUUUUACCAUGGUAUUAAACUCAAAAUAGAGAUUGAUGAGCUCCAGAACCAUGGGAUCAAUGCUGCCGAUAUCACCAAGCUGAAGCAAGCUGGAAUCUGCACUGUCCGGUCGGUGCAAAUGAUGACCAAGAAGAGUCUCUGCCGGAUCAAAGGUUUCUCUGAGGCAAGUUUAGCGGUCAAAGUCGACAAACUCAAGGAAGCAGCAGCAAAGCUCCAGAGCGCAUCCUUCAUUACGGGAUUGGAAUACAGUGUCCUGCGCAAGAAGGUCAUUGUGAUUUCCACCGGAGCCAAGCAACUAGACGAACUACUCGGAGGCAAGCUGCUAGGAGGCAUUCAGACGAUGGCAAUCACAGAGGCCUUCGGCGAGUUCAGAACUGGCAAGACACAGAUCGCCCAUACUCUCUGCGUAAUGGCUCAGCUCCCUGCUGCCAUGGGCGGUGGCAAUGGCAAGGCUGCAUAUAUUGAUACUGAGGGUACCUUCCGCCACGGGAGAAUUAAGGCCAUUGCCGAUCGAUUCGGCAUCGAUGCUGAGGCCGCACUCGAGAAUAUUCUGGUUGCACGUGCAUACAACUCUGAGCAUCAGAUGGAUCUCAUUACUGAAGUCGCUGCGCGGUUCGCUGAAGAAAAGGGCAUCUUUCGCUUGCUGGUCAUUGACAGCAUCAUAGCCCUGUUUCGCACUGACUUUUGUGGCCGCGGCGAGCUGUCAGAGCGUCAGCAAAAACUGAACCAGAUGCUCAGUCGCUUGACCAAGAUUGCGGAAGAGUUUAAUGUAGCUAUCUAUCUCACGAAUCAAGUUCAGUCGGAUCCCGGGGCUACUAUGACUUUUGUCGCAGACCCAAAGAAGCCUGUCGGCGGCCACAUUAUGGCACACGCCUCCACGACCAGACUGUACCUUCGUAAAGGACGAGGCGAAGAACGCAUUGCCAAAGUGUACGAUAGCCCUGAUGUCCCUGAAGCUGAGGCCCCAUAUGUGAUCUCGGCAGGUGGAAUCGUGGAUGCCACUUGA